AUGGCGCUGGACGUAAAUGCAAAGGACAUGCUGAAGAUGACUGCUCUUCAUUGGGCUACAGAACCAAAUCACCAAGAAGUAGUGGAACUCUUAGUAAAAUAUGGAGCAGAUGUCCAUACGCAAAGUAAAUUUUGCAAAACAGCAUUUGACAUCGCUGUGGACAAUGGGUUUGAAGACCUGGCAGAAAUAUUACAGAUUGCAAUGCAGAACCAAAUCAACACAAACCCAGAAAGUCCCGACACUGUGACGAUACAUGCAGCAACGCCUCAGUUCAUCAUUGGACCUGGCGGGGUAGUGAACCUAACAGGUCUGGUAUCUUCUGCAAAUACAUCAUAUACAUCAGAUGAUACAGGAGUGUCUGCUGUCCAGUUCGGUAAUUCCUCAACUUCAGUACUAGCAACUUUGGCUGCCUUAGCGGAAGCUUCAGCUCCAUUGUCCAACUCUUCAGAAACGCCAGUUGUGGCUACAGAAGAAGUAGUGACUGCAGAAUCUGUGGAUGGUGCAAUUCAGCAAGUUGUCAGUUCCGGAGGUCAGCAGGUUAUUACCAUAGUGACUGAUGGGAUUCAGCUUGGAAACCUCCAUUCCAUUCCAACUAGUGGAAUGGGUCAGCCCAUUAUUGUGACCAUGCCAGAUGGACAACAAGUCCUUACAGUACCAGCAACUGACAUUGCUGAAGAAACGGUGAUCAGUGAAGAGCCUCCAGUCAAGAGACAGUGUAUUGAGAUAGUUGAAAAUCGGGUGGAGUCUGCAGAAAUAGAAGAAAGAGAAACUUUACAGAAGCAGCUGGAUGAGGCAAAUCGGGAAGCGCAGAAGUACCGCCAGCAGCUUCUGAAGAAAGAGCAGGAGGCGGAAGCCUAUAGGCAGAAGUUGGAGGCAAUGACCCGCCUCCAGACUAACAAAGAAGCUGUCUGAAUGGUUGAAGUGAGCCUUCUGUAAAGCCAGUUUUAGAAAACAGCAGUACAAUCCGGACCUGCGUGUCGCAUCAGCCACAGCCCCGGGAUUAUAUGCUAGAGAAGAUGCUACAGGUUUGAAACUGGACUUAAGCCAUGAGUUCUGGUGAAUUUCUUGUAUAAUAAGUAAAGUCAGAAUUUAGACAUUUUGUGCAAAAAAGAAAAAAAAUAUUUAAAAAGAAAUACUGUAAAUAGUUGUUUUUUUACAGUUCCAAAAUUAGUUGCUGAAUCUUUUUGAAGGGAUCCACAAACAUGCAAAGGCAAUGUUUUUGAGACCUUUUUGAUUUUAGUACAAAACUGCUGAAAUACAGAACAGUUUUAAGGGUGAUAACUGUUGAUUUGAACUGACGGUGUGAAAAUGAAUUAUGUGAUGGAACCAAUCCAGAAGGCUAGCAACUUAGACUUCUGAGUUCAUACAUCUCCUCAUGGAAAUCCUUUGUACAGCUUUAAGUAGUUGUCCAGAGUCUCUGAACCCUGCCCCUCCCUUUUUUAUUUAGAAAAAGUGUAAUUUUUUAUAUUUAAUUACUGUUAUAUUCAAGUAGAUUGACAUGUAUAUGAAGCUGAUAUUUUUUAAACUUUUCAGUUUGUACAUAUGCUGCAUGUUUAUAUCUAUAUAUAUAUCUAUAUAUAGGUAUAUAAUUUCUACAUACAACUUACAGAAGUAUUUUUCAGGAAAGAAGAGCGAAAAUUAUGAGAAAAAAUGUCUAAUCUAUAGGUCAUGGGUGGGGAGAGAGAAGCAAGCUGGUGGUUUUUUGUUGUUUUAUGCGAGUCCUAUUUCUUGAUGAAAUGUAACUUGAGAGAAGAGAAAGAAAACCAAGACAGGUUUGUAUGUAAACCAGACUUUGCACCAACCACUUUGCACCAACCUGGUGCCUUCGGAUUGUUUUUGGAUCACAACUCCUAUCACUGCCAGCCAGCUUGACUGUGCUGCUUGGGGCUGAUGGGAGUUGUAGUUCAAAAAUAUAUUGAGGUCACCAGGUUGGCACGAAGGCUGAUGUAAUAUAUGGAUUAUUUGAAAUUUAUUCUACGCAGAGCAUGAAAUCACAUUUCUAGCGUGUCUAGCAAAUCUGGGCCACAAAUCCACAGGUGGAGACCAAGUUGCAAAGCAGUCCAGUUAACUUUCCCUCUGCUCCUAUGCUGCCACCUUAACCUUGUAGGCUCUUCACUUUGCAGGCUCUUCACUUCCAAGCAUUACAAAGAAGGUGGCUGCAAUUGUUCUUUGCGAUGGGUGGAGAGGGGUUGCAGAGUCCACUUUAAAGAAUCUAUAGGUGAAUGACACAGAACUGUACGUUAUAACAUGAUUCUGAUUGACCAAAAGCAAACGCGAAUGAGUUGAGCUCAUUGAAAGCAUUUGACGAUAUCUAUGCAUGCAGCAAAAGGUGGUAUCGCAUGAGCUGCACAAAUUUCCGAAGAGGGUGGAGUUAUUUGACAGGAAAGAGUCCAGAUUUAUAACGGCGUAUAGCAAUUCACUUAUUUGUAUGUAACACGGGCACAGAAGGAACUUGGCUCAAGCUGAACUCGAGCUAUUGCCUAUCCGGUGCAGCAGGAGCAUAGAGUGGAGGAGUGAGUUGAGCGACAACAUAAAUAUAUACGUUGAUUUGAUACUGUUGUUGCCUACAGUUGUUUCUGAUUGCUAGGAUUAUGUUUGAAUUUGUGCAGUCAUCAAAGAUAAGAUACAUAGCACUUCCAGUGUACAACACUAUCUCUUUGAAGCAUUGUGAUAUCAAGAAAUAGGUGGCAGCCCUAAAUCACCAUUACGUUUGAGAAUAUAGGAGUGUUGUCACAUCCUUGGGAAGUAGUCAGCACUUGGUCCCAGGAACUGCGGUUGAAGGGGAAAUAGAUGUAAUCUGACAUACCAAGGACCUCACAACUCAAGUCUGCUUUGCACAUGCAGCAAGAAUGAGAGGUAGAACAGACUGUACCACUUCAGGUUGCAGGUGGAGACUGUCGUUUUUUAAUGUUCCCUCGUGCUUUUUUUUUUUUUUAAAGAAAACUUGCAGGAAGAAAGCUAGCACGUUGGAGGGAGUGGUGCUGAUCCAGCCUUCUGCCUUGUGUGCUAGUUUUCUACUUGCAGGAGGCUUUUUUUUUUACACACAGUGGAAUGUUCAGGAACAUGAUUGAUUUUCUCGGGCAGCCUUUUUCUUUCGCAUCGCUCUGCUGCAAGUGUAGACCCAGCCAGAGUGCUUCAGAACCAAGAGCAACAUUCAGAUACCUGUGGCUUUUAGACCUUCACUUAGACCAUACUGCCUUAAAGAUUACUGAGUCUACAUUGCAUUACACUUCAAACUACUGUGCAGCUCCUUUAUUUCAGAGUAUACUUUGUAUUUGAUUUGUGCUUUGCUGUGUCUGUUUCAGUGCUUUUAUGAAAAUGUAUAACUUUAUAAAAUCAUCUAGAUGACCUAUACAAAAUAAUUGCCCUUAAAACUGUACUCUGGCCUACUUUUUCUAUUUACAAUUAAAUAUCUUUUCCACAA